AUGCACACCUUCAAACGGCCCGUAAAAUUUCGACAAUGGCGAGUGAUAAAACUGCUCGGAUCGGGAGGCUUUGGUGAUGUAUACAAGGUGGUUAAAGUGAACAACCCUGACAAAACGGAAUCUGCAAUGAAAACCGAAAUGGUACUCGGUAAUCGGCUAAUGUUACGGUUGAAAAUUGAGGUUAUGGUUCUAAUGAAAUGUCAUGAACAGACAGACCCAGAGAAAAAAGCUCAUUUUGUUGCAUUUGUAGACAGGGGAAAAACGGCUAAAUUCAAGUUUCUCGUAAUGGGUUUGGUAGGACCAUCAUUAGAGGACAUACGAAAAGAAGACCUUAUGAGGAAUUACUCAAAAUCAACUGCUAUGCAGUGUUGUAUACAGACCAUGACGGCUGUGCGUGAUCUACACGGAAUUGGCUAUUUACAUAGGUAG